GCCGCCAUGCUGGCCGCUGCCGCCCUCCUCCGCCGCUGCGCCGUCUCCGGCCUCCGCGCCGCCGUCCGCCGGCCCGCCGGCCCCGCAGCUGUACUGCAUGCCCGCUGCUACUCUCAUGGCUCACAAGAAUCAGAUGAAGAAUUUGAUGCUCGCUGGGUGACGUAUUUCAACAAGCCAGAUAUUGACGCCUGGGAGCUCAGGAAAGGCAUAAACACGCUUGUGGGUUAUGACCUGGUUCCGGAACCAAAAAUCAUCGAUGCAGCUCUGAGGGCAUGCAGACGGUUAAAUGACUUUGCCAGUGCUGUCCGCAUCUUGGAAGUUGUAAAGGACAAGGCAGGACCUCACAAGGAAAUCUAUCCUUACGUUAUCCAGGAACUUAGACCAACUUUGAGUGAACUGGGAAUCUCCACUCCAGAGGAACUGGGCCUGGACAAAGCAUAAAUCUUAUCGGUGCAUUACUCGAGCGUUUUACUGAUGCUACCUGAUUGUACGCAGUCGCCUGGAGACAGAAAUGUUAAAAUAUUACCUUAUUUGAAAUAACUUCUUCCUUUAUUGAGUCACACAAUGUAUGUGAUGUGAAGUUGGACCUAAUAAAGGAAAAACUGGUUUGACUGAUA